GAGAGAUGUGGCGGGGAGAGAUUUUGUAAAUCAAUUGUUUAUUAAAAAACUGAAGGAAACGAGAAGACCUUCCCGCCGCUUGCGCCCCUCCGGGCCCUCCCUCCCUCCCGUGGCGGCGGCGACUGUCCGGUCCGGCCGCCAUGUCGACCUGCGGUUACCACUCCCCGCGGUUCUCCGAGGAUAUUGCUUGGCUUCCGCAAUGGCUUCAGCCUUACCGGCCGCUGACGGUCGCCGAACACCGGACUCACAGUACAGGCGUUUCAUCGCCUUCUUGUCAGAACUGUGUGUUUAUUGGUGAUCCUUCUCAGGAGCGUCAGAAUGCCACGGUAAAUGCUGCUGGUUACAGUGGGUUCAUCUUGCGCUUGUCAGAAGAUGAGGAGAUGGCUGGAAGUACACCAAUCAGCAGCAAUGCACUACCUUUCUCUUUGCGCCUUUCUUCAGAAAGUGCUGCAGAACCCUCCCAAGCUGAAGCCAAUGCUAAUACUCAGAUGCAAAACUCUGGUACGCUCAAAGGUUCAUCAGAGGACCUUUUUGCAGAUGGUCAAAAGCAAGAGGUCAAUGCUGUGUCUCAGAAUCAGUUUGAGGAUAAAGAUCCUCAAGAUGAUAGUCCGACAGAAGUCUUUAAAGUGACUAGCAAGGCAAUCUGUAAGCCACUUGAUGCAAACAGACAUAAAAGACAUGAUGUCUCUAGAGGAAAGGUUGACAUUCGGAAGCUCCGUAAUGCUGAUGUAAAUGAUGCGAUUGAACUAUCUAUUGCUGCAUCUGAGGCCAUGGUUAUCGCAGAGAUGAUACUUGAUGAUUCUCAGUCCGAUAAAUUGGCUGCAGCCGCCAUAGAAGCUGCUCUACAUGUAAAAGAAGCACGGAAACAAUUUUACUUUGAGGAGGCAGAACAUGCUUGUGGAUCCUUAGGAAAUGAUCUUGACGAGACUGAUUGGCUCGCAGAAUUGGAUGAUGCUGAAAUGGUUGGUGCAUUUCAAGAUAUUGGCCUGUCUCUUGUUCAUACGGUUUGUUCAUCUCAAGACCAGAACACAGGUGUUUUGAAGCAACAAAACUCCCAUCCUAAUCAUCCCCCAUGUGAUGCAGAUGCACACAUCUUAGCGAGUUGUUCAUCUGAGGAGCAAAAUAAAAGAUGCAGUAGCCAAAAUGCUGAUAGUGAUGACCAUGUAUCUGAUUCUUUCCCAACCAAUCGGUCAGCUGAUGUGCUACCAAAUGAACCAACUCCAUGCUCAGAUUCUGUAAAGCAAGCAGUUCUAGGUAAAACAUUUUCAUGCUCAAGAAAUAAGAAAACUGACCUCAAGGAGUCAUCUGAAAACAAUGCUGAGGAUGUUGGGAGAGUUUCUGCACAGAUGAAUAUUGAUACAAAGAAGCAUGUAAAGGGUUUGUUCGAGGAAGAAACUAGCUUUAUUUCUGAGUCAAUUAGCAUUGAUGAGUGCUGUCCUACGUCUAGAGCAUCAUCAAUGGAAAAUGCAGCAUCUUCAAGAGCAUCUUUUUAUUGCAGAACUGAAUGUUCCCGUGAAGAAAAUCAUGGUGCUGAAACUGAAGAGGUGUGUUGUCAAGUAGUAUGUUCGAGCUUGUCGCAUGUGGAUCCUCUAUGUUCCAUUGUUCCAUGCAGCAUAUCUUGCGAUGAAGGUCCCAGUGACCUGGCCCCUGUGUACAAACAGAGUGAAGGUCAAGAAGGUUCUGGUAACCAGGCUCAUGUGUGCAAAAAGAGUGAAGGCAAUGAAAGUCCUGCAUGUCUGCCUCCUGAAAGAGAACUUGGUAAAGGAAAAGAGAAAGGAUUUAUGCAUCCUAGGAUGCAAGACCUGGAUGGAGAGGCUGGUCCAUCUUGCACGCCUUUAGUUAAAUCAUCACUUGAGCCUGAUGUUCCAUUCAGGCGAAGGAUAUAUAGUUCACUGAGGCCUUUUAGCACAAUAUCACCUAAGUCAAACAUAUUGGGAAGUACUUCAAAUUUUGAUGCUCAUUUGACAGUUUAUCGGCAGGAGAGAUUAACAACCGUUACUUUAAAUAAAAAUAUACAGCAAGUGCAAGCUGCUAAACAAUUCAUAGAAAAUAAUGUCGAAACUGAAAGCUUGCAAUAUUUUUCUACGGUUAAGAAGCCAUAUCUUCAGGAUGACAAUGAAGAUCAAAUCAGAGAGCAACAGGUCUGUCGAUCAGCAGUGAAUUUGAAUGCUGGUGAACAAUGCCUUAAAAGAAAAAGAGUCCAAUUUUCAGAAGUGAAACUUAGUAGCAGAAGAACCAAGAGCAAUAGAAGGGUGCCAGCUAAAUCCAGAUUCAGUCGAUCAGGUAGCAGAAGAGAAGAGACACUGGAGACCAAAGAGGGCAUUGAUAAUAAAGAAGCCACAUUUCAAGGAGUUGAGAUUAUGUUGACUGGAUUUCCUAAUCAGAAGGAAAAAGAAAUUGAGUCUCUAAUACGAAAAUGUGAAGGCUAUGUUCUUUCUAAGGUGCCACCCUUUUCACGUGAUAAACGAAUGAACAUGAAUGAGUUUCCAAGCUGGAAGCCUCCCAUUGUACUUUCCCCUAAAAAGGUAUCAACAGCUAAGUUCUUAUAUGGCUGUGCUAUUGAUGCCUGGAUGUUGAAUCCCAAUUGGCUCUUCGAUUCUCUUCAAGCUGGCAUCCUGUUGCCACCUGGAAAGUAUUUAAUUCGACAAAGGAAUGCUCGGAAGCAUAGUUCAGCAUUUGGCCAUUCACUCCAACCAAAAUGCAGCACAUUGAUAUUUGAUGGAGUAGGAUUCUUGAUCCACGGCAAAAUUAGAUUCUGUUCAAAAUUUUCCAACAUUAUAAAGCAUGGAGGUGGGCAAGUUUUUGUAUCUCUUCAGGGAUUAGUUCAAAGCUUGAAGGAGGGAAGCACAUCACAUGGAAUCAUUCUUGUUGCAAGUGAAGCUGGUGCAUCUCGUCAUCUAAGCCAUUGCGGCUUGGAACAUGACAUAAAGACAGCGCCAGCAAGCUGGAUCAUAGGCAGUUUAUUUUCAGGUAAACUGAUCCCUUUGAAGAAAGAUCGCUGUGCUUCAUUCCGUCGAAUCAAGAUGCCAUCCUUCCAUCAACAGCAUGUAUAUGACAUGAGUCAAGAACUAUGACUAGACUCAACAUUGUGACAAUUACACGGGCACAUGGAAUAGUUGUGACCAAGACACGGCUGGUGCGCACCUCAUGUGACGAUCUUCUGUUGACCGUGGAGUUUUUAACAGCGCCUUUUUAUCACACUGAAGUUCCUCUGUUCUGUGUCAAGGCUGAUUUCUACUGUUUUGUCACUUCAGAAAUGAACAGAGCUGGAAAAAAGAGCAUUCAUCAAUCAUGACAUCACGUGCUACUGCCCACAUUACAGAUGAGAAAUGUUAACUACAGCUCAAGGCGAGCAGUGCGAAAUAUCCAUCAGGCAUGUAACUUGUCCAUUCCGAGGCUUAAAUUUCUGUAAAGCAUGAUAUUUAGUAGUGGGUGUUCAUGCCAUACUAAUUGGCAAGGAUGCAAAAUUGGUGGGGUCCAUUCCAGAAUCCGAUACAUGCUGUAUGUUGUAACCUGUAAGUUUUCAGUACAGAUGCCAUAGAGAAGGUACUUCCUAGUUCUAGUUUUGACUUGAGAAUGGCGAGUGUAAAGCCUUGCCUGUUAUAGCUGUAUGAUGAGUGUUUCCUUUUAGCUGUAACAUCAACUGUCUUGAUCCAAUGUCUGUAAAUUGUAAGAUGUGACCGACUGCUUCGCUUUACUUUCAGGCGUUAGCAUGUUUUGCUUCGCAGUUUGUGAUAUGUGCAAUAAAAGUUGAAGUCUUUCAGGAGUA